AAAACAGUAGACAGUCGGAGUACAACAUGGCGGCAGUUUUGUGUCAUGUUCUCGUGACGUCCCUCCUUCCUUCUCAUACACUCACUUUUUUUUCCCUCAAUUUUAACCAAUUUGUAUUGUGGAAAUAAUGCUUUAUUGUGCUGUGUGACGCGUAAGUGAAAAUAUUCUUAAAAUGUCUACCCGAUCGCAGCUGACGAAGGAUUUAAACGAAUCCGUGAAGUCCUUAUUGGGCAAACAUGUUAAAAUAUUACUGAAGAAUGUUGUGAGGUUAGAAACAAAACAGGAUAAACAAGAUAAUCGUGUUCUGGUAUUUUCACCAUGCCGCCUAUUUUUAUUAACAGCCAAAGUGCCAACGCGGAUCGACUGCCAUUUUCACUAUUUAGAGAUUACGGCCGUGGAGUCGAAAAGAGGAAACCAGUUGAGCUUAACUGUGGGAGACAGAAUUUACAGCUUCACAACUAUGGGUGGCGGAAUCGAUACAGCAGAAGUAGACGCUAUGAUAGAAGCCUUGCACACUGCAAUCCGCAAUAUUUUUCCAACGGUACCUCUGAACUACAUCAUACGAAAAAUAGACGUCAUACCGACUAGCAGACUCCAAAGUAUUAGAAGUAGUGAAUUAGCCAGAAGCACGGAAGCUACGAGGCAUACAGGACCUUGUGGCGGAUUUUCUACACAGUAUGCCUGCAUGUGUGACUUACAUGGGGUUCCGUACAGAGACGAAGUGGCGUGGGAUGUUGAUACGAUAUAUUUAUCCCACGACACACGAGAGCUCAAUCUGAGGGACUUUGAUCAUCUGGAGCAAAAAGAUUUGGUGCCAAUUAUUUCAGCAUUAGAAUACAAUACAUGGUUCACUAAGUUAAGAGCCUCCCAUAUAAAACUAAGUCAUGAACAUCUGGAAAGAUUAUUGCACGUCAUGCGAAGAUCUCUGUCGAUUCAAGAAAUUUAUUUAGACAAUCUAGGAUUCAAGUGGGACUUUGCUCACAAAUUGUCAAUAGCUUUGAUAUCCAACACCAAUACUAUGUUACAUACAAUUGACUUGUCAAAUAAUAUGAUAGAAGAUAAAGGAGCCUCUAGUUUGUGUGGGAUAAUUGCCAAAUUGAUGCAAGGUGCUACACACUUAAGUGGUCUCAUGGGUAAACUACCUAAGGGAUUACAGAAGCUGAAUCUUGCUCAUUGCGGUUUGACGGGUAAAGGCAUUAAUCAAAUCGCACAUGCCUUGAGUCUGAAUAGAAGCAUGCCCAGCAGUCUUCAAUACUUGAAUCUUUCUGGAAACAGUUUGAAAGAUGAUGUCAAUAACUUGUGCAACUUCCUGGCACAACCAAAUAGCUUAACUCAUUUGGACCUCAGUGGUACGGAUACGACCUUAGAAUGUUUAUUCGGUGCACUGUUGCGAGGCUGCGCAACAAAUCUUGUGCAUUUAAAUGUAGCACGAAAUUCCUUUUCGAGCAAAAAGACUAAGGAAAUACCGCCAAGCUUUAAGCAGUUUUUCACGGCAACGUUAUCAUUAAAAUACAUGAACAUUUCAUUUUGUAAACUACCCUUAGAAGGACUGAAGAAUUUACUGCUUGGCUUGGCUUGUAAUGAAAGCACAGUCGAAUUGGAGCUGGAUAUGAGUGGAAAUAAUUUAGGUUCGAUGGGUGCCCAUGUCCUCGAAUCGUGUAUUCAUGGUGUGCGAUGUAUAUCGUCAUUGGAUAUCUCGGACAGCAACAUGGAUGUCGAUUUAGCGCAAGUGAUAACGGCAGUGAGUAAAAAUAAAUCCAUCAAACAGCUAUACAUGGGUCGAAAUCUAGCUGGCAUGAAAACUAAACAUAUUGCCGUUGUGAUGGAAGCACUGGUAACUAUGAUGCAGGAAGAUGAUUGCGUAUUGCAGGCGUUGCAUUUACCAGAUUCUAGAUUGAAAAGUGAUUUAUUCAACUUGAUUAACGCUUUGGGGAGUAACACAUGCCUACAUACGCUGGAUAUCAGUGGUAAUCAGAUUGGUGACGCUGGUGCUCGUCUUUUAGCAAAGGCAUUGCAAAUAAACAAUCAUUUGAAGAAUAUUAUUUAUGAUAGGAAUAACAUAACGAUUCAAGGAUACAGUGAUAUUGCAUACGCAUUAGAAAACAACUACAGCGUCAGGCAUAUGCCGUUUCCAAUAUUCGAUGCGCAACCUUGCAUGAAAACGUCUGCGGAAAAAACUGAACUGCUUAUGAAAAAAAUCCAAGAUUUGUUGCAAAGAAAUGUAACGCCGAACAAAUACAGUCACGGGCAAGCGUUCCGACUUCAACAGGGAUUCUUAUUGAGUUCUACGCAACAAAUGGUAGAUAGACUAGUCGUGCAAACGCAAGACACGAUAAAAGCUUUGGCGGCUGAGAGCUGUGAUGCCAAUAACGAUAUAAAUUACGCUACUGGCUUGAUACAGGACGCUGAUAAUUCGAAACAGCUUUUGCCGAGGUUACAUGAGGUUGUUACAAGAAGGGACGAUAGUAGUCCCAUUGAAAUCAAAUUGAAAGAAACAGCAGACGAGAUCCACAGAGUUGUCACUGGAUAUCUGCAGGAUUCCUUGGACAGUAUACUGAAGUGUGCCAUCGAACAGUGUCCAACGGUUUUGAACCAGACAGUCAUCAGAGGCGAUGAAAGCGAACCAAUUUCUGUCGAAUAUGACCUGAGAAGCAGUUGUAGAGAGAAAAAUCAAAUUAGCACAGAUUUCAUUUAUACUUCCAUAUUCGAACAAGCUGGGACUGACAUCAUUAAUAAAGUAAAUGAAUUAAACUUGGCUGUGGCGGCUCACGUAUCAGACAGGAUCACCGAUGAAGUGAUCGAAUCGCUAUCCCGAAGCUACAAGACACUGAUUGGUGAUGCCGGCUGCCGAACCAGAAGUAGCACACCGGACGUGCUAAGAUCUAGCGGAUCUGUAAGCGCCGGGGUCAGUAGCAUGGGAGGAGUUUUGAUAAAACCUGCUGGUAGAGCUAGCUUAGACUCUGAAGAAGAAGGUGCUGCUAGUCUCUCGUUCACCGACACCAUUAGUCAACAGUCGAGUGACCAAUCGCCAAUGAAGUUGGAAUACCUGAAUCUGGCAACUCCACACUUAUCCAAUAAACGGAAAAGCUUGCACGGUCGAAAACUCAGGCCAAAGUCUGUCGUGGAUUCUAUAGAAGGCUUGUCGGCUGAUGAUAUACCAGAUUUGUUACCGUCACUGCCAAAAAAUCAGGCUGAAGUGAUAUCGGAAAACGAACACUCUUUAACAGAGUCAUUGGACUCCGUUUCUGAGCUGCCAAACACAGUGGGACCACAGUUGCAACACUUGGUGAAGUCCAGACCUAGGAGGACCAAAACUAGGGCUCCGACAAGACCGAUGUUACGGCCUGAUCAACUCGCUGAUGGCUUGGCUAUAGGCGAAGGGCUCGACACAUUCUUCAGACCAACAACACCCACGACACCUCUAGUAUCUCCAACAAGUGAUGACAGUUCGUUACACACAUUUCCAACCGAUGGAAGCCCCAACCUUUCCUUAACAAGCCACAAAGGCGUAGCAUUUGAUGUCAAAGUUGAUGGUGAUAAGAAGCAAGGCCGAAGUUCUCCCAUGCUCAAGACUUUGCUUGAGCCAACGCCAAGAUCGAGAUCGAUCGACAAUUUGGAGAAGUUUUCCCCACUGAUCGGUCGAAGAUCUCAAGGGGAUUCGCCGCUGACUGCGUCUCCCCUUGCUCGGCGAAACACGACAGAAAGUGCACAAAGUAGCGAAACAGGUGGGACGAAAAAAGAUAUUAGUAACGAGAGCAUCAAAGACGGCUUGGUCGACGUUUCAAAAAGAAGUACUUUACCAAUAGUCAACUCGGGCUGUCCAAAAGAUGAAACGAACAGUUUAAUACACUCAGGUACAACGGGUAGCUUCAAAGAGGGAUUUAUGGAUAACGUUAAAAGAAGCAUCAACAAUGUUCUGCAUGUUUCAAAAGAUCCCAUGUCCGAAAAUGGGAAAAGAAAUUUACCUUUGAGUAACGUAGGCUCGUCAGCCCAGAAAGACGCGAUGAAGAAUGUUACAAAUUCAUCUGCAAUAUCGAACGUUAUCGAAGUCGACGGAAAGAAAAAUAUCAACAAACGAAUAGCCGUUGAUGUUAAACCAAUCAGUCCAGGCAUAUCUUCGGUGAAAUUGCGUUCAACUGGGUUUGACUUGCGGAGUCCGACAAACGGCAGUGGGCCGAAAAGUUUAGACGCUGAAGUAUCAAAGUCUCCAAUUCUCAAGCCAAUAAAUAGAGGCGAAGGUUCAUCUACUGGCGAUCUUGCAAAAUGUGGAUAUCAGGUCAAAAUGAAACCAGCUCCACCGACUGCCCCAAAACCGAGACCAUGGAGCAUGGCGACUGACAGAAAAUCAGGAGAAUUCAACUUACUAAGCGAUGGAUCUAGUCCUAAUACGUCAGCUGGAAACACACCGGAUUCUGGAGAUGCACUAGAUGAAUCAAUUGACAGCAGUCUCAGUGGGCCAGCAUCUCUUCCACCAACUCUUUCUGCUAGCAGCACGACUAGUUCGUUGAGCAACACGAGUACAGAAAAAAGAUCUGUAAGAGAGCUUGCGGCCAGCCUGAAUAAAGUACAGACGGACAAAAAAGAAGGUGAACAUUUAGUGCCUGCCGCAUGGCGAUCAGUGCUUCGACGUUCAGUUGACCAACAAGAUGUCCAGGACGGGGAAGUGAAGAAAACGGUUGAAGAGAACAGCACCAUCACCAAGCAGCGACGUAUUUCGCUAUUACGUGACUCGAAUUUCAACUAUGACAACGACAUCGUUGACGUUUAGCAACAACUAUAGUUUAAGUUAAUACAAUUAAUAAACGAAAAUCGAAUAGUGGUAUUAUUAAGAUGAUGUAGCACACGCGGACAUAAUAAUUAAUUUAUUAUCUAUCUUGAUACUAAAUAGGAUAUUGAGAAAAUCGCUGAAUACAAAAUCUAGUAAUUAUUCCAUUAAGUUCUUCCUUGCAGGACGAUUACUGCUCAUGUGCCGAUGUCAUACAUGUUUACCCACAUACAAUUCCGAGGGCAAAAUGAUAUUAAUACCAGCUUGAGUUGAAAAAGAUAGAAAAAAACUUUAAGGAGGUUGGUUGGUGAAAAAUCGAAA